CCUCAAACUGAACCUGACCAGAGCGCUGAUUUUCGUAUCGUUCAUUUCGAUAUCCGACGCCACCUCUCGCAAGCAAGAUGUCAAUUCUGCCCAAGAUCACAGCCGUAAUACACCUGUGGCGGAAGAUUCUCUGUAUUUUGAUAAAUUCGACGAAGAAGAGGAUGGCUCGCUCUUGAUCCUGUCCACCUCCCAAGUACAACACAGCACCCCUUUGCAAAGAGUCGCGAUGAACGGCUCCAGGGACGAAGCGACCAAGCUGGCUCGUCUUCUUCUCUCCGUGGCUCAACGGGAGAUGGAGGGUUGCGAUCUGGUCGUGGCCGUCGACGAUGCCUACGCUGAUCCCGCCAUCGUUCGGGAGGUGCUCAAACUGCCGAAUCCUAAACAGGUCCUAACAGUGAGGGGGCUAAGCGACCUCCUUUCGGUAGCCUGGGUGUCGGGACGCUGCAGCGGCUAUCUGAUGCUCUUCGGUGACCCCGCCCCCCUCAUAGAAUUUGGGGACAAGCAUCUCAACAAAUGGAACUACGCUGGAAGAUACUUCUUUGUUCUUCCUUCAAAACUCGACUUCCAAGCAUUCGCAGACUCUGUUAAAGGGAAGAAGAGUGAACGUUUGGCAGCGGCCAUAAAGUCGAAUCGUACCCCAGAGUGGACUAUCUACAUCAACCAGCUUUUUGGCAGCUGGGAAGUGACGAAGGUGGCUACCUGGUGGCACACCGCUUUUACCACGGAAGUCCGUCUGUAUCCUGAUAAACUAUCCGAUCUGAAAGGGGUUAUGUUGAAGUGCGUGACGUUCGAAUGGAAGCCGAGCGUCUUCUAUUACAGGAGCAAGAACGGGACGGUCUUGUUCCGCUACGGCAUCGACAUAGGAGUGGUUCAGACGCUCUCCAAUGUCCUCAACUUCACGGUUCAAUUUGAGGAACCACCUGCUGAAGAGUACUGGGGACGCGAAGAACAAAACGGAUCCUGGAGCGGAAUGAUGGGGAAGCUGGCGAGGAACGAGGUGGAUUUGGGCGUGGUCGAUCUCUACGUCACAAUCAUCAGGGUUAACAUCUUGGAUUACACGGCACCGUACGACUCUGAGCUGAGCUGUUUUAUGGCACGAACCGAACCUCCUCUUCCGAGAUGGCAGGCGCUCGCCUUCCCUUUCCAAGGGACCACUUGGCUCGCCAUUAUCAUCGGGUUCGUGGUCAGUGGACCCGUUCUGUUCUUGCUGGCUUUGGGGAGCGCUAGGUGCGGAGGUGAGAAGAUAAGCCUACAGAGUCUCCCGUCCAGCUGGUACUACUCCUUCGGAAUCCACUGCAACGAAAACCAGACCUUCUGGCCCAUCGGCGAAAGCACGAGAAUCUUCGUCGUCGUCCUGUGGCUCUACUCCAUGACGCUCACCAUCGCUUACUCGACGAACCUCAUGGCCUUUUUGACGGUCUCCAAGCCGCCCGCCUCCAUGGAGACCAUCAGAGAACUCCACGCAGCUGGUAUAGAGGUCUCCGGUCUGGGGAAGUUCUACGGAGAUGCGCUGGCCUCCGCUAGCGAUCCUUACUUGAAGAGUUUGGCCUUCCGCUUCCAGGAUUAUAACAAGGACGAGGUCAUCAUCGGGAAAGUCCUCAGAGGGGAGUCGGUCAUGCUGCAGAACAGACCUUACCUGGAAUUCGUGGCCAAGACCAGGUUCAUAGACCACGGGGUACCGAGACUCAGGUUAAUGAAGGAGUGCUUCGCCCCCUUCAACAUUGCAAUGGCCCUUCAGCGUCAUUCUCCCCUGAAGAGGAAGUUCGACCAGGUCAUCGGGUGGAUGAUUAACGGUGGCCUGAUCAGGCACUUCUUCCUGAACUCUCUCAGAUUGGCUGCGUCCGUCAAGGCGAGGGAAGAUGAAGAAGCGGAGGCCAAGGGAGAAUUCCAAGGGGAGCAGGACUCGCUGGUCGCAUCGCAGACGAACGACGGCGUCAUCCCGAUAAGUCUAGACCACCUCCAGAGCAUAUUCUUCAUCUACAUCGUCGGCUGCGUCUUCUCCGCCUUCUUCUUCCUCGCGGAAGUGAGAAUGUGUAGGCAAGUCCACAAGAAAAGUGGAUAGACAACGGUAGACUUUUCUCUCUUUUUAAAUUUCUCUAUCUUGAUUUGG